GCUGCCUGAGCCACCCAGAGCUUCCUUCCUCCUGUGCUGGCAGAGCCCAGGCGCUGCACUCAGGGGCACACAGCCUCCACGCUGCAGCCAGGAGCCCCAGGGGGAGGAGGAGUUCCUUCCACUGCAGGAACUGGGAAUUGAAGGACAAUGGCAUCCUCCAUCACGUGGGGCCUCCUCCUGCUGGCAGGCCUGUGCUGCCUGGUCCCCAUCUCCUUGGCUGAGGGUCUCCAGGGACACGCUGUCCAGGAGACAGAUGCAUCCCAGCACGAUCAUGAGCACCACCAGGAAGCAGCCUGCCACAAGAUCGCCCCCAACCUGGUCGACUUCGCCUUCACUGUGUACCGCCAAGUGGCCCAUGAGUCCAACGCCACCAACAUCUUCUUCUCCCCAGUGAGCAUCGCCACAGCCUUUGCGAUGCUCUCUCUGGGGACCAAGGGUGACACUCACACCGAGAUCCUGGAGGGCCUAGAUUUCAACCUCACUGCAAGAACAGAGGCUGAGAUCCACGAAGGUUUCCAGCAUCUUCUCCACACCCUCAACCAGCCAGACAACCAACUGCAGCUGACCACUGGCAAUGGCCUGUUCAUCAACGAGAGCGCGAAGCUAGUCAGUAAGUUUCUGGAGGAUGUCAAGAACCUGUACCACUCCGAAGCCUUCUCCAUCAACUUCAGGGAUGCUGAAGAGGCCAAGAAAAAGAUCAACGAUUAUGUAGAGAAGGGAAGCCAAGGAAAAAUUGUGGAUUUGGUAGAUGAUCUUGACCAAGACACAGUUUUUGCUCUGGUGAAUUACAUAUUCUUUAAAGGAAAAUGGGAGAAGCCCUUUGAGGCAGAGCACACCACAGAGAGGGACUUCCACGUGGACGAGGAGACCACCGUGAAGGUGCCCAUGAUGAACCGCCUGGGCAUGUUUGAUCUCCACUACUGCGACAACCUCGCCAGCUGGGUGCUGCUGAUGGACUACGUGGGUAACGCCACCGCCCUCUUCAUCCUGCCUGACCAGGGGAAACUGCAGCAUCUGGAGGACAAGCUCACCAAGGAGCUUCUCGCCAAGGUCCUGGAAAAGAGAUACACAAGUUCUGCCAAUUUACACUUGCCCAAACUGUCCAUUUCUGGAACCUACGAUCUGAAAACUCUCCUGGGUAAACUGGGCAUCACCAAGGUCUUCAGCAACGGGGCUGACCUCUCAGGGAUCACUGAGGAAGUGCCUCUGAAGCUGUCCAAGGCGCUGCACAAGGCUGUGCUGACCAUCGAUGAGAAAGGGACAGAAGCUGCGGGGACCACGUUUAUGGAAGCCAUCCCCAUGUCAAUUCCCCCGGAAGUCGAGUACAACAGACCCUUCUUCUUCAUCAUCUACGAUCAAAGCACCAAGGCUCCCCUCUUCGUGGGAAAGGUGGUGAAUCCCACCCAAAAAUAACUGCCUCUCUGGGUUCAGCUAUCCCCUCCAGGCCAGGUCCCCUUCCUCCAUGGCAUUAAAAAAUGACUGACCCGGCCCAA